CAAAUGUGCACUCCAUUUGACUGAACAAUAAGUCAGUAUAAACAUGCUCAAUGACCACCUGCCUUCGGACUCUCAAAACUCCUCUUUCAUACAUGCUACGAAUGAAAAAUAAAUCCAAAGGAGGAGAUCGUGGAUGGUGAUUGUCUUGAGAUAAGAAUGUCUUUGUUCUUACUUUAGGCAUUUAUGAGAUUACACAAACAGGACCGGACAGAGUAAAAAAUUUUCGUGGCAAUUUUCGCCUAGAAUGAUCCACUCGCUGACUGGGAGGGGUUGCAAUUGCGAAUCGGGGGGAUUAAACGAGAACAAAAAAUACGUUUUCGUUUGGCAGGUUCAUGUGGAUUUUUGAAUAAAAUGCUGACACCUUUAUAAAUACGAAAAUUGUGCAGUAGCCUGUCACUGAAAAAUUAAGCCACACAGCGCCAGUAUGCACUUAUGUACAGUGUCCUUGUCAUUAUAUUUUAUAAUUCGGUUUCUCUUACAAAAUCCUUUAGUGCACUAAGGCAAUAAAAUUAGCUCAGUAUUUGCCGUUGCCUGUGCAUCUAGAACGGCACAGUUAUUGGUCUACUUUUUAUUUUUCUUUGCUUGAUAGAUCGUUGUGGAUAUCAACGUGGCGUGAUCAUUCAAUCUUCCUUUAUUUUAUUUUAGCAACUAAUUUGUCCGAGCGAAAUUACAGGAAAAACCUUAUGUAUGAUGGUGACAUGCACUUGUAUGCAUACGUACUUGAAAAUAACGUAUUUCAUAAUACGAGUUCUUUCCUUCUCAUUUCGUAAUAAAAUAACAGCCUGAUAAGGAUGUCAAGACAGCUCUCCGUCACCAGCAGCCUACGAGAUAAUCUCUUGUGACAUCAUCGCGGAACACUGACACUAAUUGACACGCCCCCAAGGCUGUUCACGAAUUCUACUGGCUGAUGCCAAUGUGACGUAACAGUAAGAAUUCUUAUACCGUUUCUAUAAAUCUCCGUUCUUCGAAACCUCAAAUGGGCCAGAAUGGCAGUUUCCUCUGCUUUGGUUUCCAGCAAUGGGAGCCAGGGUAGAAGGAGAGGCCUUCUUGUUGACAACAGAGAAAGGGUUCUUGAAAAUACCACCCGGCAGCAGUUCUACCAGAGCGACCGCGUGAAGCAGUUUCACAGAGACCUCCUGCUGACGGAGACCUUGAAUGAAAGAAAGCUGCAGAUUGAGCGCAAUCAGCGAAUGAGGGAUGCGGCCAACGAGGAAGCCAGGAAGCUAGUGGCCGAGCUGAAACGCGCCGAGGCGGAGGCCAUGGAUCAGGAGCGACAGAAAGAGAGGCAGCGGGAGAUGAAGAAGAAGGCGUACGCGGACGACCUGAGGCAGCAGAUGAGGGAGAUGGAACAACAGAGGACGCAGAAGAUGCUGGAAAGGCAGAGGGAGAUGCAGGAGUGCGAGCAAAUGCGGAGGCAGUACGCGACGGAGCAGAGCAGGCUCAGGCAAAACCGACGGCAGGAGGAGAUGAAGGCCAUGAACUCGUACCUGGAGCACCUGGCGGACAAGCGCAGGGACAGGGAGACGGAGGACAAGCGGGAGGAGGUGGCGGAGGAAGGGCGGCGGCGCUUUGUCGUGGAGAAGGACCAGUGGACGCAAGCGAGCAACGAGGACCACGCCGACGGGUUCCGGCGCAGGAUGCGGCGCAGCGAGGUCCUGGGCGCCAAGCUGGAGACGCAGGCGCGCGAGCAGGCCCGGUGGCGCGAAGCCGCCAACUCCCGGGCGCUGGCCAAAGCCCUGGCCCAGCAGGAGGCCAGGUUCAUCCAGGAGCGCAACCGCAAGAAGCAGAUGAACCUGGACAUGGCCAACUCCAUCGCGGGCUACCGGGAGUACAAGCAGAAGGAGCACCAGCUCCGGGCCAUGGAGGAGCGCCGCAGCUCCCUGGACACGCUCCAGUCCAGCAAGGAGGCCGACAGGGCCUUCCAGGAGACGCAGCGCUGGGCCGCCCAGAGGAAGCGGGAGGACAGGGCCGUGCUAGACGGCGUGCUCCACCGGCAAAUCGCCCAGAAACAGGCCCAGGAGCAGCUGAGGAAGCAGGAAGAUGAGGAAUUCGACCUGAAGACUCUGGAACUGCUCGCACUGGAAGACCUGGAGUUCCAGAGGUACACCAAAGGCGUCAUCGAUGCGGCGACAGACGCCGACAGGAACACCCUCCCGCUCCGCAAGACCACCUGCAAGGGGACUGGUGUGGGCUUGGGGCCCAUUUCGGGUGGAAUUAGAGCCAAUUAUCUGGUUCCCGGGGCCAACCAUUCUCAAAUACCGCAGUAUUACAACAGCGCGGCUCGCGAUAUCAACAGGUUAUACAGGGCCUCUGAAGACGAGUCCACAGAGCGAAGACUUGGAUUCAUAUGGUGAAUGAUUAAGAGGAAGUUCAAAAGAGGAACACCAAAGAAAAUCUUGAUGUCUUGGUAGUUCUAAUGAGGAAAAUAAAUAA